AUGCAGCACAAUCAUUAUAAACGAUAUACGGGCCCCGGUGCUACCAGUGAAGAUGUGGAAGAGUUUGAAUUUGAACAGGAGGACUAUGAACAACUUUUUAACAAGUAUAAAUUGGAUUUGAUAAAAAGUUUGAAGAAAACUUCUCUUGCUGAUUGUAAGGUGUUGAUGGAUAGAUUGGAUGAGUUGGAAUUGAAACUUAUAGAUGUUGUUGAUAAGGAUGAUAGUAGUGAAACUGAAACACAUUUCAGCUUCACAUAUGGUGAUGAGUCCAAUUUUGUUGUCAAAGAAACAAGUCCUGGGUUUAACUCGAAUUCAACUGAUGCUACGAUAAAUUCCACUAAUUCUUCUUCUGGUAAUGAAAGUACCGUUGCUACUACACCUAUUUCAACUACGGACUCCAAGCAUAUGACGUGGAAGAUGUGGUUAAAAUCUUUUGGUGAAUACCAAACAUAUUCUUCUACACUUAGAGGUUUUCCCAUGCAUGAACUUGAUAUUGAUGGUUGCCCAUUUAAUUUAACAAAUAAAGAUUAUUGUGAAGACCAAUCAAACACAAUGAAUGAAAUUCCUCUCUCUACGAGAUCAAAGUUAAAGGCUUGGUUGUUUAACGGUUAUAAGGUUCGGUCAGGCUCUUCUAAUUCGGUUGAUUCAAGUGAAGUUAUUGAAUUCAAUUUUGGGCUAGAUGAUGAGGAAAGUAUCAUACCAAAAGGGAUUCCUAGCACUACCUCUACUGAUAAACCCGAAAGUUCUACUUGGUAUGAAUGGUUGCGAGAUUAUACUUUGAGAUCUUAAGUCUCAUAGAUUUGAUGUAAUGUAACUUCAUCUGGUGUAUAUUAUUUUGGUUAAUGGUUUAUCCGCUCUGUUUUUUUUCUUUCUUGUUUAGAUUGGUAAUACGGGUGCUUGAAUAAGGAUCUGCUAGUUCU